AUGACUAAAACUUCUGAAGAGGCAUUCAUCAAUAAUAUUUCUAGUUACACUAGUAAAUAUUAUCAAAAUCAACCCAUAUCAGUAUGGCAUAAAUUACCAAUAUCACGAAGAUCUUCAGUGUUUAUCUUAUUAUUCUUAGGCCAAUUAGGUGAGUUAAGAGUCCUCUUAACUAAAAGAUCAUCAAAAUUAAGGAAUUUCCCCGGUCAUAUCUCAUUACCUGGAGGUAAAGCAGAUUCAGGAUUAGAAAGUGAAUGGCAAGUUUCAAGACGUGAAAUGGAAGAAGAAAUUGGUAUUAGUGUUAAUAAUGAUAUUUUACUAAAGAAUUAUGGAUUUGUUAUUGAUCAUAUUAAUAUUUUACCUUGUUAUUUAAGUAGAACUUUCUCAGCUGUUAGACCUUGUAUUGGAUUCAUGAAUUUUUCUGAUAUUAAUAAUCUUCAUCAUCAUAAAAUUAUUAAUUUAAAUCCUGGUGAAAGUUCAAGUAUUUUCAGUUGUCCAUUAAGGGAUUUCCUUUAUCCUGCAUCAGCUGCAAAUAUAGAUCCCUUAGAAAGUUUGGAAAGAAAUAGUUACAAGGUAAAAUGGGGUGGUAUACCUUGGAAUCUUAGAUCGUAUACAUUCUUACAAUCAAAUCAGAAUGAAGUACCGUGGUUAAAAGAUAUUGAUGAUUUAUCCGCAUCUGAUCUUGAAUCAUCUCUUGAAGAAGAGGAAGAAGAUAAUCAAAUCGAUGCCACCCUGAAAAAUCAACAAUUACCCAAGGCAAAACGAGUAAAGAAAGAUUUAUCAUCAUGGGGUAGAUUAGGGUCAAGAAGACAUGAAGAAACAGAUGAGAAAAUAUAUGAUGUUUGGGGUUUAACCGCUAAUAUCUUACAUGAUUUAGCUGAAAUCGUCUACAGUGAAAAUCAAUCUACUAUCAAUCGUGAAAUUGGGGAAGAAGAACUUAUUUAUAGUGUUUGGCAUUAUGGUAAUCAAAUGAAAUCAAAGCAAAGAUCAGAAGAAGAAUCGAAGUUAAUUCAAUCUGAAUCAGUCCGCGAUGAAUUUGGUUUCAAUGAUAUCUUACCUAGAACCGAGUUUAACAAAUUGAAACAAAUAUAUAAGCUUUAG